UGCACUUGCCAUGCUUUGGUCCAAUAACAAAGCUCUGCCUUAUCUCCCUGGAGAAGUUCACACAGCUCCUAACCACAGGAAACAACAGCCAGAUUCACCGAAACGGGAUGUCAACAGAGCAACAUUGGAAGAUCCUUACUCUGUGUUCCAGAACAAUAUUUGCAGUCCUUUGCUCCAUCUACUUGAAUACAGGUUUCACUGCGGCCAUGCAAAUAACCUCCACUGGGGCUCAGACCAUUCAGAAAGCACAGGGGGAGGCUGUGGUACUGGGAUGCACAUACACCCCAGGCCCCACAGACACUGGAGAGCUGGACAUUGAGUGGUCCAACAUCAGCCCAGACAUGACUCAGAAAGACACGCUGAUCUUGUCCUAUGUUGGUGGUAAGCAAUACAACUACAGCAGCCCCAGUUUAAUGAAGAGACUUACGUUCACAGCUGGAAACCCAAGCAAUGGGGAUGCCUCAUUUACUAUCUCCAACCUGAUGGUCUCGGACACAGGAACUUACCAGUGCAAAGUGAAGAAAGCACCAGGAAUUGACUCACGUAAAGUCACGCUCGUUGUGAUGGUACGACCCUCUGUACCAAACUGUUGGGUUGAGGGAAGCCAGGAGGAGGGGUCUGCCGUCUCUUUGCAAUGCAAGUCCUCUCAAGGGUCCACUCCUCUUACCUAUAACUGGUUCAGAGAGGGUGGAGGGACCUUGCCCCCUGCUGCUACAGCAAAUCCUCAGACUGGUGAGCUCCUGAUCCGAAAUCAUUCACAAAGCUUUGUUGGCAAUUACCGGUGUGAGGUGAAGAAUUUUGUAGGCAAAGAACAGUGUGUGUACAGUCUCCAAGCUUACAAAUCUGUCAAUAAAGCCGGUGUGAUAGCUGGUGCUGUGAUUGGUGCUCUGCUCCUACUGCUCCUCCUCCUGUUGCUCAUCUGGCUCCUGAUCUGCUGCUGCAACAAGCGCCGUUAUGAGAAGGAGGUGGCCAAUGAGAUCAGGGAGGACGCCGGAGCACCAGUGAGUCGUGCUGUCACUCCCACUUCCAGUUUCCGCUCUGUACUGGGUUACAGAUCACAUGCUGGUGUUGGCUACAACUUUGUGAGGAGCUCAUAUACUCGGCCGGAAUCAAACACAUACAGCAGUAUCUACAAAGAUAAAACAAUGAUGAUACAGUCACCGUCAGCUAACAGCCGGCCCACAACUGCUGAAGGAGUUCCCUCUGUGAAGUUCUCGUACAGUAAAUAUGGAUAUCCUGUUUGAGGGGAACUGCUUCCAACUCAUAUUGAGAGAACGUUUUGUAAGUUGCAUGCUGUAAGAUAAAUAAAGUUACUUUUCACUGAUGGUAAACUGAAAGACUACAGGUAUCUGAAGUGACGUGAUGGUGCAAUAUUUCUUUUAUAGAAGGUUAUCUGAUCUAAAUUAAUAACAUUUUUCCAGAUCCACCUAUUAUCACUGAGAAAUACAGUAAAUCUCAGCUAAUUUGAAGUAUGUAAUAAUGCUUUAAAUUUAAUGUUAUUGUAUUACACAGGUGAACUUUUGUAAAUAGCUGUUUAUAUACAGACGGUUUUAUGUAAGGACUUGGAAAAUGGAAAAAAUGUAUUUUUAACUACUUCAAAACAACAAGCAGUGACAUUAAGCUUACAAUAGAUCACAGCUGACCUCUAACAGUUUAUCAGUUCAUCACAAUGGCGGAAUGGAUUGCUUGCAUUGCCUCCCUCAACCCAGACAUCACCUUGCUCACAUACAGUACACUGCACAUCUACAUUCCUCACUGACAUAAGAAAUAUAGAACAGAAUGGAGAGGGAACAAAUGCCAAGUGUGAAGCAUACAUGCAGUGGGGCUGCUGGAGCUGCAUCCCCCUAUCAGGUCAGGUGGAGAUUGCUAAGAAAAGGAGUAAAAAGUUGCAUGUCUGAGUGUUGCUGAAAACUUCAAUACGGUAUGUAACAAUUACGAGCUAUUUAGAAGACUACACAUUCAGGUAAUAUCCUGUUACUAUAGCAAUAGCAAUCUCAAGUUCCCUUAAUUUACAAUUAAAUGCAUUACAUUGCAAUACAUAUCACUCUCUCGUUCAGUUAUUAUUUGCCUAACAAAUACUUUCAGAUUUCAGGGUGACAUGUAUAGGUUACAGAAUACAAUAUGUACUGCAAUAACUAUUUUUUUUCUUGUUAUAAACUACUGUACAUGCAAAGCACAAAUUACUAUUAGAAAAGCAUUGUAUUUAAAUUGUAGAGAUGGUGAGCAUGAGAAUAAUGACCAGAAUUAUAUUCCUAAAUCUUCAACUGUAAAAGGUUAACAAAAAAAAAACAUUGCUUUCUUUACAAGAAAUGCAUGCAAAACAUGUCCUUGAUGUAAUACAUGAACAACAUUUUAAAUCAAAAGCUUAGGUUUCUUCAUUUUCAAUAAAAUAUUGCUAGUGCAUUGUGAUAAAAAAAAAAACUUCCAGCUGUACAUUUUUCACUUUGUGGAUUACAAAAUAUUAAUCAAUGUUCUUCUUGCAUACGCAUGGAUUGGAAUAGACUAAUCUCUGUUGCACUUCUAAUAGCACUUUGGUUCCUCCAAUAAAAUCUUAAGAAGAAACAUUGCAAAUUAAAGAGCCAGCUAAACCCAUGAAAUAUUGCUAGUUGUGUUUUAUUUUAUUAAUUUUUGAAGCAGUGAACUGUGAUCUUUGUGUUUUAUAUAUUUGGUAAAAUAAAAUAUCUUACAACUAGUUGAAUUUUGUAUAAAUAUAUCUAUUUUAUAUACUGUAAUUCACUCCUAAUAGUAUUAUAUGUGCAUGCAUAA